AUGUCACACAAACUGCCACCUCCCACUGACAGAUACUACUUCGAAGUGCUCAAAAAUGAGCAGAAGCCGGAUAUGCUCAAAUUUCUACUGGAUAAUUUCAGAGUCGAUGAACCUUUAAAUCGAGCAUCUAAAAUUUCUUGUGAAGAGAUUGAGAAAUGUUUAAACGGAGCACUUGGCAGAGCACUCAAAACAGAAUCGUCGAUUCUAGCCAAAACUCAGGACACACAUGAAAUCGUCGGAUGCAUGUUGAAUUCCGUUUGGAGAAAAGAUGAAUCGUUGAAUAAUAGUCUUGAAAAUGACGACGACAAAGAUUUUGAGUUUUGUACUGUUCGAAAAGAAGUGGCAAUGGUUGGAGAGAUUCUGAACGAACUGCAUGAAAGCUUCUGGAGCCUCAGACCGGACCAAGACGUUGUGUUGCAUUUUGAAAUCUCUUCAGUGAGUGUGAAUCACAGAAGAAAAGGAUUAGCCUUCAAUUUUCUGAACUGGUCCGAGAACAAGGAAUUUCUGGAGAGCCUUGGAGCUACUGGAAUCGCUACGGAAGCAUCGUCUCUGGCAAAUCAAACUCUUCUCAAUAAACGAGGAUAUACGACCCUUGCCACUACUCUUCUCUUUACAAAAGUUGAUCCGGAAACAGGAAAACCAAUGUUGAUCUGUGAUGAUGGAACGGAUCGAGUCAAUUUGAUGUUCAAGGAAAUCUGA